GCGAAGGGGGAGAAUAACGUCGGGUCGGGUCAGCGGGCGCUGCAGUAGUCGCCGCAGCGGCGAUGGGAGCGGUGGGGACCAGGCGGCGGCGGCGGCGGCAGGAGGAGGAGCAGGGGCUGGCACAAGAGCAGCGGCUGGGGGCGGCCAGCAGCAGCAGUAACAGCAGCAGCCGCCGCCGCCAGUAAACGCGGACGGUACCCGAGGGGACUACCCAGCCGGCCGGCCCUCGAAGCCGCGCUCGGGUCCCGCCGCACUGGGCGGCGGGGGAUGGGCAGGCGGCGGUCGUCCCGCCUGCUGAGGUUUGACCUCUGCCGGUCCCGGCCCUGAGCUGGACCCGAGCCCUCCGCCCGAAAUCCCUGCGUCCGCCACGGCCCAGUUUAAAUGGAAACCACCCUUGGGAGCUGGAUGCCUGUGUAGCCAUUCUACCACAUCAGUGAAUUGCAAUGAGUGGAGGAGGAGAGCAGCCAGAUAUCCUCAGUGUUGGAAUCCUGGUCAAAGAAAGAUGGAAAGUAUUGAGGAAGAUUGGGGGUGGGGGCUUUGGAGAAAUUUACGAUGCCUUGGACAUGCUUACCAGGGAAAAUGUUGCACUGAAGGUGGAAUCAGCUCAACAACCAAAACAAGUUCUGAAAAUGGAGGUUGCUGUAUUGAAAAAACUACAAGGGAAAGACCAUGUUUGUAGAUUUAUUGGCUGUGGGAGGAAUGAUCGAUUCAACUACGUGGUCAUGCAGUUGCAGGGUCGGAAUCUGGCGGAUCUACGCCGCAGCCAGUCCCGGGGCACAUUCACCAUUAGCACUACUCUUCGGUUGGGUAGACAGAUUCUGGAGUCUAUUGAGAGCAUCCAUUCUGUGGGAUUCUUGCACCGAGACAUCAAACCGUCAAACUUUGCCAUGGGUCGCUUUCCUAGUACAUGUAGGAAAUGUUACAUGCUUGAUUUUGGCUUGGCUCGACAAUUUACCAAUUCCUGUGGUGACGUCAGACCACCUCGAGCUGUGGCAGGCUUUCGAGGGACAGUUCGUUACGCAUCAGUCAAUGCUCAUCGGAACAGGGAAAUGGGAAGACAUGAUGACCUUUGGUCCUUAUUCUACAUGUUGGUGGAAUUUGUGGUUGGUCAGCUGCCUUGGAGAAAAAUAAAGGACAAGGAACAAGUGGGCUCUAUUAAGGAGAGGUAUGACCACAGGCUUAUGUUGAAACAUCUCCCUCCAGAAUUCAGCAUCUUUCUGGACCACAUCUCCUCUUUGGAUUAUUUUACAAAACCAGACUACCAGCUUCUUGCAUCCGUGUUUGACAACAGCAUCAAGACCUUUGGAGUAAUUGAGAGUGACCCUUUCGACUGGGAGAAGACUGGAACUGAUGGCUCCCUCACCACCACCACUACUUCUACCACUCCUCAGCUGCACACCCGCUUGACCCCUGCGGCAAUCGGAAUUGCCAAUGCCACUCCCAUCCCAGGAGACUUGCUUCGAGAAAAUACAGAUGAGGUGUUUCCAGAUGAACAGCUUAGUGAUGGAGAGAAUGGCAUCCCUGUUGGUGUGUCACCAGAUAAAUUGCCUGGAUCUCUGGGACACCCUCGUCCCCAGGAGAAGGAUGUCUGGGAAGAGAUGGAUACCAACAGGAAUAAGAUAAAGCUUGGGAUUUGUAAGGCUGCUACUGAAGAGGAGAACAGCCAUGGUCAAGCAAAUGGUAUUCUGAAUGCUCCAAGCCUCGGUUCACCAAUUCGGGUCCGCUCAGAGAUGACUCAGCCAGACAGAGAUGUUCCAUUGGUGCGAAAGUUACGUUCCAUCCACAGCUUUGAGCUGGAAAAACGUUUGGUUCUGGAGCCAAAGCCAGAUACUGACAAGUUUCUUGAGACCUGCUUGGAGAAAAUGCAGAAAGAUUCCAGUGAAGGAAAGGAAUCUGUUCUCCCUGCUCUGCUUCAUAAGCCUUGUGUUCCUGCUGUGUCCCGUACUGACCACAUCUGGCACUAUGAUGAAGAGUAUCUUCCAGAUGCUUCCAAGCCUGCCUCUGCCAACACCCCUGAGCAGGCAGAUGGUGGUGGCAGCAAUGGAUUUGUAGCCGUUAACCUGAGCUCCUGCAAGCAGGAGGUUGAUUCCAAAGAAUGGGUGAUUGUGGAUAAGGAACAGGACCUUCGGGAUUUUAGGACAAAUGAGGCUUUAGGCCAUAAAACAACUGGAAGCCCUUCCGACGAGGAGCCCGAAGUCCUUCAAGUCCUAGAGGAAUCCCCUCAAGAUGAAAAGCUCCGAUUGGGUCCUUGGGCAGAAAAUGAUCUUUUAAAGAAGGAAACCUCAGGUGUGAUCUUAGCAGUUUCUGGGAAGUGCCCUGCCACUGCUGCUUCAGAACAAUAUGCAGAUAGGCUGGAACUCCAGGCUGGAGCUGCUAGUCAAUUUAUUGCAGUGACACCCACAAGUCCAAUGGAGGCACAAGCAGAAGGACCCCUUACAGCAAUUACAAUUCCUAGACGUUCUGUGGCAUCUACACAGUCGACUUCAGGUAGCUUUCAUUAUGGUCAGCAGCCAGAAAAGAAAGACCUUCAUCCCGUGGAGCCCACUGUGGAACUUUACUCUCCAAGGGAGAGCUUCUCUGGCUUGGUUGUGACAGAGCGCGAACCUCCUAGUGGAGGAAGCAGAACAGACUUCGGGCUUCAGAUAGAUCAUAUUGGUCAUGACAUGUUACCCAGCAUUAGAGAGUGUGACAGCUCCCAAGACCUGGGACCAAAAGACCUUCCUGACCAUAACAGACUGGCUGUGAGAGAAUUUGAGGGUCUCCCUAGGGAAACGGGAGAGAAAAGCAUGCUUGUGGGGUCAGAUAAUGAAGAUGAGAAGUUGAGUAAAGGGCAGCCUUAUAUUGAGAUUUCCCCUCUCCCAGGAGACUUGGUGACGGUGGAAAGGGAUCACUCAGCUACUACUGAACCUCUUGAUGUGACAAAGACACAGACUUUUAGUGUGGUGCCAAAUCAAGACAAAACUCACGAGAUAGUGAAGCUUUUGGCAGUUGGAACUUCAGCAGUAUCUCCACGAGUUAUUGACCGACAUGUUGAAGGACAGAUAGGCCAGGUGGCAGCAGUGCAAAAAGGUAAGAUAUCUAAGGAGGAUGACAUCAAGAGUGAAGACUUGCUGAGUCAUCAAGGAGACCUCUCUACUCUUUUGCACCAAGAGGGUAAGAGAGAGAAAAUUGCCCCUAGAAAUGGAGAACUAUUUCAUUCUGUUUCAGAGAGUGAACACUGUCCUCCAUCCCGGAAGGAUGUGGUUAGGUCAUCCUUUGUAACUAGACACAGCCGAAUCCCUGUUUUAGCACAAGAGAUAGAUUCAACUUUUGAAUCAUCCUGUCCAGUCUCUGCAAAAGAGAAGCUCCUCCAAAAGAAAGCUUAUCAGCCAGAUCUAGUCAAGCUUCUGGUGGAAAAAAGGCAACUCAAAUCUUUCCUUGGGGACCUCUCAAGUGCCUCUGAUAAAUUGCUAGAGGAGAGAUUAUCCACUAUUCCUGCUCCUUUUUCUGAGGAGGAAGUCUUCACUCCCUUUUCAAGACUGGCCGUAGACUCACACCUGAGCAGGUCAGCCGAAGACAGCUUUCUGACACCCAUCAUCUCCCAGUCCAGAAAGAGCAAAAUUCCAAGGCCAGUUUCAUGGGUCAACACAGAUCAAGUCAACAGCUCAACUUCAUCUCAGUUCUUGCCUCGGCCACCACCAGGAAAGCCACCCAUGAGGCCUGGAGUAGAAGCCAGGCUCCGCAGAUAUAAAGUCCUAGGGAGUAGCAAUUCUGACUCAGACCUUUUCUCCCGCCUGGCCCAAAUUCUUCAAAAUGGAUCUCAGAAACCCCGGAGCACUACUCAGUGCAAGGGUCCAGGAUCCCCUCACAAUCCAAAAACACCACCCAAGAGUCCAGUUGUCCCUCGCAGGAGUCCCAGUGCCUCUCCUCGAAGCUCUUCCUUGCCUCGCACAUCCAGUUCCUCACCAUCUAGGGCUGGACGGCCCCACCAUGACCAGAGGAGUUCAUCCCCGCAUGUGGGGAGAAGCAAGUCACCUCCCAGCCACUCAGGAUCUUCCUCCUCCAGGAGGUCCUGCCAACAGGAGCACUGCAAACCCAGCAAGAAUGGCCUGAAAGUAUCCAGCAGCCUCCACCACCACUCGGCCAGCACUAAAGCCCCCCCAGGGAAGAGUAAGUCAGCCAGUAAACUCAGCAGAUAGGAGCUGGGCUGCAUCUCUGUGGAAGGUGUGAGAUCUUCCUCCUAAAUCUGAUACAUGUGUGUCCCUGUACUGUCUAUUUAAAAAAAUCAGUGUUGAUCUUGUCUUGCAAAAGAAAGUAACAUGAUAAAAUAUUUAUAAGAAGAUAUAUGAUAAGAAAUUACCUAAGAUAGGCAGCAAGCAGAUCAGGAAUCAAUGUCUUUGCAUAGGAAGGGGCAAGCCAGCAAAAUCCAAGGGGGUGAAACUGGCUAAAUGAACUCUCAUUUCUUAUCUGCCUUCAAAACAAAAAUGUUGAAGGUAGGGGGUGGAUUGGAAUUUUAAGGGGUUUAGCCACUUUUUUUAAGGCUCUACUUAAAGAUUAUAUAGCAAAAGUGAAACUUCUCACUUUAAUAUUUGCUUUCCAAACUUCCCAACCUCGGGGAGUCAGAAUUGCUCCGAUAUUAGAGUAUGUAAGAAGUGUGUUGCUGGUGGAGCCAGUGCUCAUAUACGUUUGGCUUGUGUGUUUAUCUGGUGUAUUGAGAGUUCACACCUUUACUUUGCCUCAUUCCUAGUACCCUCCCUGGAUUUCACAUUUUUUAAAGUUAGUGUUUGUCACCUGAUCCAAUCUCUCUUAUUUUAACAAUACAUUCUAACGUGCUUUUAGCAGCACAUGCUGAGAAUUUCAAAUCCAAUUACUUUUUUAAAUCCCCUAAUAUUUCUCUUUGGAGCAACAGUUACUUAACUCAGUAUAUUUUUAUUGUGAAAAAUAACUGAUGAAACUUAGGUAAAGGAAGGAAAAGUCUAAAUAGAACUACUUUGCAGGCUUCAGUGCUUUAGGGAGAGGGACAGAGUGUGGAGUAAUACCCUUCAAGAUAGAAGAACCCUCUUUCCCCUGUUAGUUUCCUCCUUGUGGAAGGAAAACUGACCAGAGUAGACCUUGCUUCCUUAAAUCUUCUAGGUACCAACUAUUUCUACUAUCAACCUCCAAGACAAUACCAGGGAAGUACAUUGCUGUGGAAUGUGACUUUAUGCUUUUAGAGCUUUAGAAAGAAAAAUAGGAAGAAAUUAGGUAUGUUGAGGCUUAAAAUUCUCAAACUUUGUAUUUUAUACAUUUAGCCAAUAAGGAAUGAGUAUCUGAGGAAAUAAAUUUAGGCUCAAUAUUUAUCUUUUAAGGUUUUAUUACCUGCUUCACCUGUGCUUUAGUUUGAAUAUUUGAGCUUCUUGACCUGAUUUCCAUGUAAUCUUAAUUUAUAAAGCUGUAAGGAGGAUCAUAUUUGUUCUGAUCUCACUCUUCUGCUAAGAGGAAUCAGUCAAAGUUAAAUUAUACUAGAUUUUUAAAAUGAGCUCUUUUAUACUCACAGUUUUUGUGUUGUAAAGACCUUAUUAAGGUCAGGUAAAUUGGUCUGCUUGCUGUUGAAAUUUGCCUUCUAGCAAACAUCUGUGCUUUCUCUUUGACCUUGUGUUUGCUGCCAAACCUAAUAUGGUUGAAUUGGAAAACAGAAAAAAAGAAAGAUAUUUCCUCACCAAGUGAACAUAUUCUAAUGCUGCAUCAAAGCUGCCCUGAAGCUGCACUGAACUUAUCUUGUUCUCUUUAUCUGUGUUGAGCUUUUUGAAAAAAAAACAAAAAACAAAAACUCAAAACACUAUUGAGGCAUACAUGGUCUCCCAUAAGAAAUAUAGCAUAAUGUGGAAUCUUAAUUUCUCUCCGGUUUCAAGACUACAGAGGAAUGCAAUAGAUAAGACAUAUUUGCUGUUUAACUAAAGCAAGUGUAAUAUUGGAAGACCAAUCCUUCUGUAUUAUAUUGUAUAAUAGUUGCUAUAACACUACUUGCAUGUC